AAAGGUAGAAAAAAAAAGAAAAGAGGAAGAAGGGGAAAAAAAGAAAGACUGCGAAAACCCUCGUAGAAGAAAACCCACCGGCGGCCGAUGGCGUCGCCGGCGAAGGCGCAGCGGCGGCCGGAGGGGGCCUCGGUGCUGGAGACCCUCCCCGCGCUCCCGCUCGCGAUCAUCAUCGCCAAGGCCGGCCCCCGCUGCGCCGCCGCGCUCGCCUGCGCCAGCUCCACCCUCCGCGCCGCCGCCUCCGGCGAGGCCCUCUGGCGCCACUUCUGCUCCGACGACUUCGCCCUCGACGCCCCCCUCGCUCCCGGCGACCUCCCUCUCCCUUCCUUCAAGGAUGCUUACAAAGCUUGGUUCCAAUCUUUUGGGAUGUACCCUUUGCCACUUGUUAAGAGGGUGAAGAUCUUCUGGAGCUCAUUCAGGGCAUGGCUAUGCGAGUAUUUCCCGGAAGGGCUGAGGACUCUAGGGGAAGGCGUUUCGGAAGCCGAGAUAGCCGUCGCGGAAUGUAACCUGGGCCUUGUGCUUCCUAUGCCCACUAAGCUACUGUACCGUUUCUGCAACGGCCAGCUGCACAUUGGCCGCGGCGAGGAGGUCUCGUACGGCGUUAUGGGAGGCUAUGAUUAUGUUCACCAGAGGUAUACCGUGCGCUUGCUACCGCUCGCGCACCAUGCUGUUCAGAAAAACUCAAACUACAUUGUAGUUGCGACGAGUUGUUUUGGGGAGAAGAUAUUUCUUCUUGAUUGUGCGAGUGGCCGUCUUUAUGUCGGCACCAAGUAUUGGAAUGAAGAAAGAGAAAUCAUGGCAUGCGUGCCAAAAGCGACAAUAAGGCUCGCUGUGGAUGAUGAUCAUGGCAUGCCUCAAGAUGGAUUUCUGCUGUGGUUGGAAGAGCACCUUAGUCGCCUACAGGAUGGCUUGAUCAAGGUGCAGAGUUGUAAAUUCCCAAUGCUGGCAAGGCAUAUCAGUUUGUAUCCAGUACAACUCCCUUACUGUUCGUCGGCAAGUAUGCAUGGUAUCAAGGUUCGUGCCUCUGCUGUCUUUGCCCCAGAAAACUCUGCUUUCGCUGAUUACCGAUGCAGAUAUUCGUACUAUUUCUCCAUUCGUCUAUCCCUUCCUGAAGCAUUCGUUGUAGAUGGCAAGUGGUAUUCUUCCUUCCAGCUUCAGUCAUGCCACUACACUAUUCAGAUUGGAGAUGAAGUCCUCCCUUACACAUGCAACUAUGGCGGCCAUGGCAAGUGUCCUCUCCUGAGGUGCGGCGAGGAGCUGUUUGUCUAUGGGUGUUCCAUAUCGGCAGCACUGGAGCCUGGAUCCGUGAUGGGCAACUUGACGCUUGUCCCUUGGAGGUGUGGUCAGCCUAGAGGAAGCCCUUUUAUUGCCGACAUAGCUCCUUUCCCUCUGCACCCGCCUGACUACAUCUUCUGAAGAAUUGGAAGCUGGUCCAUCAAAGCAUGCAUGCAGUUGAGGCUAAUUCUUGCUAGAGCGCCUUGUUGGAAAUUUUCCUGGAUAUAUUUUUGUACGUGCAGCUCUCGGAAUUGUUGUCUUGACAAGUGACGAAAGUCUCAUGAGCUGUGAAUUAUAUAUACACACACACACAACACACUUUUCGGCAGUGACAUGAUGUUACUUUUCGGCAGUGACAUGAUGUUCCGUUUGUUAAUGCGGCUUGCUUGCUUCUGAUAGCUUUGACAA